UGCCCAAAAGCCACUCGGCGGAUACAGCGUCAGAGGCUUCCCAUAAUGCUUAGGGAGGAGGACUAAAGAUGGCGGCGAAUCCGAACUCAAGCAAACCUAUAUUUGAGUGCCCGAGCUGGGCAGGGAAGCCACCCCAGGGUCUGCACCUUGAUGUUGUGAAAGGAGACAAGCUCAUUGAGAAACUAAUUAUUGAUGAAAAGAAAUACUACCUAUUUGGUAGGAACCCAGAUAUUUGUGACUUUACAAUUGAUCAUCAGUCAUGCUCCAGAGUUCAUUCAGCCCUGGUGUACCACAAGCAUCUGAAGAGGGUCUUUCUGAUAGACCUCAACAGCACACAUGGGACCUUUCUGGGCCAUAUCCGAUUGGAGCCCCACAAACCUCAACAGAUCCCUAUAGAUUCCACAAUUUCGUUUGGAGCAUCGACACGCAUGUACACGUUACGAGAAAAACCUCAAACACUUCCAUCUGCCUUAAAAGGAGACGAAAAGGCAGGGGAAGAUGAUGAAUUAAAAGGCCUCCUGGGCCUUCCAGAAGAAGAGACUGAGCUUGAUAAUCUCACAGAGUUCAAUACUGCCCAUAACAAGAGAAUAUCCACGUUAACUAUAGAGGAGGGCAAUAUUGAUAUUCAGAGACCAAAGAGGAAGAGGAAAAAUUCCCGUGUAACUUUCAGUGAGGAUGAUGAGGUUAUUAAUCCCGAGGAUGUUGAUCCUUCUGUUGGGCGUUUCAGAAAUAUGGUGCAAACAGCUGUGGUUCCUGUAAAGAAAAAGAAAACCGAAAUUCCUGGUUCCCUCAGUCUAGAAGAUUCAGUGGGACGGCGUGUCCAGAACUUCCCGUUUACUGGAGGCCUCUAUGGUGGGCUUCCUCCUACGCAUGCUGAAGGUGGCGCACAGACAGCUGGAGGCCAUGGCACAGCCCUGAUGGGCGGCAUGCCCUUCCCUAAUCUUGCGCCAGAGGUGGAUCUUGCACCUACCACUGCUACUGUAGCUCCCAUAACUGUUGCCCCUGCUCCAUCCAGCUUUACUGCUGAAGCUGUUAAUGAACCCAAGAAAAAGAAGUAUGCCAAGGAGGCCUGGCCAGGGAAGAAACCCACUCCAUCAUUGCUCAUCUAAGAUGACUGCUAUAACACAUGUAGGGAGAUACUGGGACAAUAAGCCAACACUUUGUUUUUCAGGUGUCUGCCAGAAAGAAGGAAACUGGCACAUUUUUUAGCCAGGUUAUCAUUGUCAUGUAUGGUCCUUUUUGCUUUAGUUGUAUGAAAAGAAAUCAGUCAACAUAGGGAUGUCUUAAAAUCCACUCUUGAUAAUGAACCAACCUCAAUUUUUACUGAACAUAAAUGUUUCACUGGUAAGAAAAACUCCUCCAGAAAAAUGACGAGUUCAUGCACGCUAAAUCAAUAUAUCAGUCACAUAGAGGCAGCAGUGAUGGGAAAAAUAUAUUACUGACAAAGGGGAAUAGAAUCAAUGUGUUUUAUGUUGGCCACCUAUAUACAGUGUAUAGAAAUCUGCAUGCAACUGUACAGCUUUAGAGAUAUUUUUAUAUGUAAUAUGUGAAUUCUAUACAUUUAUGUAAACUUUUCCUCUUGCUUUGUUUUAUUUGACUGUGUGUGUGUGUAAAUGGGUGAAAGCUAACUCACAUUAAUUUUCUUUUUAUUUGCCCAUGCUACUAUGCAGUGGCCGCCAGUCAGGGUUACAUUUACCAGCAAGAAGAUAGUGUAUCUCAUAAAUUCAGUACCUAAUCCUCCACCUAUUCCAUAUUCGAAUGCAGAGGAGAAUGUUUAUUUAAAACCAGAAUACUCAUCAAGCAGACAGUAGAAUUCACCAGUAGCUAAAAAUAAGAGGAUGUUGCUCUAUAAUCAGGUAGCAGAAGUAGUAAAGUUUUUGUAUUUAACAUCAGUCUAAUGUUAAUGGUGUAAUUCCUUCUUAACACUACUUUGAUUGGUUCUCCCCAUGUAGAAAAGAAGGUGCAUUGCUGUAUAGUGGUGUAACUACUGAGGGAGCAGCGAUUGCAAGUGCACCCCCUCCCAAUAGGUUUCUUGCAUGCACUAUAUGGAGAUCUGUGGUUCCCUCAUUAUGUGCCUGGUGCUGUAUCUAGGAUGAAAAAACCUUCAGAAAGAGAACUGUGCUUUUCAGUUUGCUAGUAAACUGCAUAUAUUGCAGCACAGAAAUAGGAUCCCUUAUCUGGAAACUUUUUAUUCAGAAAGCUCUGAAUUACAGGAAGCCUAUUUGCCAUAGAGUCCAUUUGAACCAAAUAAUUCUGAUUUUUAAAAAUACAUUUCUUUUUCUCUGUAAUAAUAAAACAGUAAGUACCUUGUACUUGUUCCUAACAAAGUUGGGUGAAGCCAUACUUGUGGCAAAUCAAUCCUAUUGUGUUUAUUUAAUGUUCAAUGUUUUGCACUCUUUAAGUUAUGAUUAUCCAAAUUCUAGAAGCUUACCAGAUAAUUGAGAAAUUUAAAAGGCUGACCACACAUUGGACUUGUCCAGUUUUUUCAGUCUUCAGUGAUAGUGUGCAGGGCUGUGGAGUCGGUAGAUAAAUUCUCUGACUCCUCAGUUUCUGAUAUUUCCGACUCUGACUCCUCUGUUUUUAAUAUGCUAAUGUAUUUAGUGAAGCAUACAGUCAAUGAAAAGCAUUCUUCAUGGUCAUUUAACGUGUUCGUUUAUGCACUGCGUGCAUUGGGCUUUAUUCUUAUAGCAGAGAAGUAAUUAAUUAUGACUGUUUGUGAAUUGGGACAUUUAAACUUGCUUUAUUUUUUUUAUUCCCAUUUAAAUUUAGUAGGAGUAGGAGUCGGAGUCGGUUCAUUUAUUUCCGACUCCAGGUACCCAAAAUUGCCUCCGACUCCACAGCCCUGAUAGUGUGUUCCUUUGGGUUCAGACCUAGAGGGGGAAACUAGUGAAUUCCUACAUUUACAUAAGGUAUAAUGUGCAACAAUCCACAAACAUUGUUUGGUUAUUGCUUAUACAAAUAGGGUAAAGUUCAACUGUUUUUUUCCUACAGCUCCAUAUAAAUCCAUCUUUUUGAGACUGAUCUGUUUGUUACAUUGUCUUCUUUAAACUCCAAGUGUAUAAAAUACGGCUGAAUUGGUUUCCAUGCAAAUUAAGUUACAAGUUAACCAUCCAGUUUGUGUAUUUUUUAGGUGUGCAUUUUGAAAUGAUUGUUUAUCAAGCCCUGUUGGAUCCGUGUGCUUUGCACAUGCAAAUUCUUAUUUCUGGCAUGUAGUUCUAAAGAUUCACUUGCAUUUAAUCUUGCAAACUUCAUGUAUUUUUGCCCAGCAUUACGGUCAGUUAAGGAGAGGUUAUUUUCUGUUCUGUAUAUUCUUGAAAGUUUAUCAUAAUGACUGACAAAGCCAUUCAUACGGUUGUAUUCUGCACAGACAUUACCCACCAAUAUGUACCAUGUAUAUUUGUUUGGACAAGUUUUAAAGUUUGAUUAGCCAGUAUGGGCCAAAGGCACAAAACAAUGCAAAUGUGGGCAUACUGAGUAUUGCCACUUGUACAGUACCCUUGUGGCCUGUGGGCUAAUCACCAUCAAGGAUCAGCCAAACAAACACGCUUAUACAGGUAUAGGACCUGUUAUCCAGAAUGCUCAGGACCAAGGGUAUUCGAGAUAAGGGGUCUUUCCGUAAUUUGGAUCUCCAUACCUUGUUUAAAAAAAAAAUCAAUAAGCCUAAAAAAUCAAUAAAACAUUAAUUAAACCCAACAUGAUUGUUUUGCAUCCAAUAAGGAUUCUUUAUAUAUUAGUUGGGAUCAAUCACAAGGUACUGUUUUAUUAUUACAGGGAAAAAGGAAAUCUGUUUUAAAAUUCUGAAUUAUUUGAUUAAAAUGGAGUCUUUGGGAGACAGGCUUUCCAUAAUUCGGAGCUUUCUGGAUAACGGGUUUCCAGAUAAGGGGUCCGAUACCUGUACUUAUUAAUUUUGCCAAUUCAUUAUCAGGAGGGGAAUUUACAUUUUGUUUGUCUUUAAGACGAUGCACUCAAGUUGAGGUGGUGUGUUUAGCCAGGUUUUGUCAUGGUGACGCUUUUCAGGGCUGUGAUACACCCCAAAUGUGGCAGUAUAGUUUAGUGCCUCUCUGCCUACUGCAGUUGAGUUGAUAAAUAACUGUUAUAUACAGCCCACCUAUUCAUUCUCAGUGAUAGAGGUUCACAACUGCAAUGGUUAAUCUCCUUUAUUACAUAGAGCAGCAGCAGAUAUUUUUGUUUUUUUUAGAAAACUUUGCGAUCCCAUCAGUAAAACUUACAUUUAUAUUAUUUUCCUCUUUUCCCCUUAACAAGAAGUUUUAUUUAAGCCAGCAAUAGUGAUCCAUCAGAUAUCAAAAUGUUUUGUAUAUAGAUUUCUUUUCUGAUUGUGCAGGUUUCAUUUGAUAGAUUAUUAUGUAUUUUAACACUUUGUAUUUCUUUAGUCUGAGUUUUGGCUAUUAAUUACUUUUAAAAUGAGAAAAGUUCAACUGAAAUAAAAAACUCAGAUCUA